UCCCCCAACUGUCGUGGCACGCGGACGUGUUGCUGCUCUGUUCUAUAGUUACUUAACCUCAGUGCAGUGAUGGUGCAGAAGUGCUAGUGAUUGUGUAGUGACAAGAUCAGUGCCCAGUGUCGCACGUGCUUUGUGCACCUGCCAGAUACCGUUGUGUUGCGCUUCGGUGCUCCGGUUAAUAACUUCGGAUACGCAGUGACUGUGCUAAGAAGCGAGGAAAGCUUUACCUGUAUCGAUUACGUACGAAAAUGUUUUGCCAAAAGUGAUAAAAACUGUGAUAAUACAUAAAUGUAAACUUGAAACUUAAAUUACUAGUGAAAUGAUCUCAAACUAAAAUGGAGCGUAAACUAACACGCGAGGACUUUAUGCGGAAGAGUUUUCGAGCUCCCCGAACGUCGCCGGCGCCCGAAAACCACGAGCCGGCCGUCAACGGAGCCCCGCCGCCUUCGCCGGUGUCCCUGUCCAUGCUGGAGCGAGCCGCCCAGCCGCCACGGACGCAGUAUGAGAUAACCUCUUCAGGCAUCGCUCCUAAACGCCUAGAGUUCAACAGAGCUCAUCCCAUACACCUUAAAUCGUUCCAAGCGCCUGAACCUCCCGACGAUACCAACACUCCACCAUCCGAUGAUGUGCUACGCACUUUGGAACGACAGAUCGGUGAAAUGGAGCGAGGCUUAGAAAGAGCUCAGAAUGGAACAGUAGCCGUUAACGAGAGAGUGCGCUACGCCGAACACGAAAACCUUCUCCGGACUGGUGUUUCCUCUGUCGGUGGAGGAGGUUACCUCGCUGCUGAUUCCGACACAGAACACGACGUCGUACCCUUUAAUAGAAAUGAAACUACCCGGAGCAGUACUGGAGCUACGGCUCCUACGGUACGACCGGCUCCCAGGCUGGCUAGAACUCAUUCCGACACACAGCAGCACCAAGUCGCUGCUACUGCCCGUCUCAUGCGAAAACUCGCUGACGGCGGCGGGAAGGAGGAAAAAACUAGAGUCAUCUCCCGAAAAGCGAUCCAAGCGCGCAUGGAAAAGGUUAAAAACUCUGUGGUCGGCACCAAGCAUGAGCAUAGAGUCCUGGCCGAACACAGAGCGGAACCGCCAUCUUCAAGAACUCCAACCUCGCCCGUGUCGCCACGCUCAUCGAUACAGAGCGCAUCGGAGUCGUCCGCGGGCGCGGGCGGGGGCUCGGCGACCGGCAGCGUACGGGUCUCCUCGCGGUCUAGAGCCUCCGAGGAACCGCACAUUGGAAAGUACAAGCUGCUCAAGACGAUCGGCAAAGGCAACUUCGCGAAGGUGAAACUCGCGAAACAUGUCCCCACCGGCAAGGAGGUCGCCAUCAAGAUCAUCGACAAGACCCAGCUCAAUCCUGGCUCGCUGCAGAAACUCUUCAGAGAGGUGCGGAUAAUGAAGAUGCUGGACCACCCGAACAUCGUGAAGCUGUUCCAAGUGAUCGAAACGGAGAAGACUCUCUACCUGGUCAUGGAGUACGCUUCGGGAGGCGAGGUGUUCGACUACUUGGUGUUACACGGACGCAUGAAGGAGAAGGAGGCGCGCGCCAAGUUCCGGCAGAUCGUGUCCGCCGUGCAGUACUGCCAUCAGAAGCGCAUCAUACACAGGGAUCUCAAGGCGGAAAACCUCCUGCUAGACGGCGAGAUGAACAUAAAGAUAGCAGAUUUCGGGUUCUCCAACGAGUUCACGCCGGGCGCUAAACUCGACACCUUCUGCGGCAGCCCGCCCUACGCCGCGCCAGAACUCUUCCAAGGCAAGAAAUACGACGGCCCAGAAGUAGACGUGUGGUCGCUGGGUGUGAUCCUGUACACGCUCGUGUCGGGAUCGUUGCCUUUCGACGGCUCCACUCUGAGAGAAUUGAGGGAAAGAGUGCUGCGUGGGAAGUACAGAAUACCAUUCUACAUGUCAACGGACUGCGAAAACUUACUAAAGAAGUUCCUCGUCCUGAACCCGGGCAAGCGAGCCUCGCUCGAGAGCAUCAUGCGCGACAAGUGGAUGAACACGGGCUACGAGGACGACGAGCUGCGGCCCUACGUCGAGCCGCAGCAGGACUACAAGGACCACAAGCGGAUAGAGGCUCUGGUGUGCCUGGGGUACAAUCGGCAGGAGAUUGAAUAUUCUCUGGCGGAAGCAAAGUAUGACGACGUGUUCGCCACAUAUCUGCUGCUCGGCAGGAAAAGUACUGACCCGGAGUCGGACGGCAGCCGCUCGGGCUCGUCGCUGUCGCUGCGCGCCGCCGCGCCCGCCGCGCAGGCGCAGGCCGCCGCCGCCAACCAGCACUCAGGCGGCGGGUCGCCCGGGCACCGCGGCGUGCAGCGCUCCAGCAGCGCCACGGCGCGGCCCAGCAGCUCGCGCCGCGCCAGCUCCGGCGCCGAGGUGCUGCGCGCGCAAGUCGGCACGACUACUAGCGCCGCCAACAACACGACGUCCACAUCUACCACCACCACAUCCAAUUUCAAAAGACAGAACACAAUUGAUUCGGCCUCCAUCAAAGAGAACACAGUACGGAUCGCCCAAAUGCAGAGCGGCGCGCGGCCCUUGUCCGCGCAGCCCAAGCCCGAGCCGCGCUCGCGCACCAUGACCGCCGGCGCCGCGCGCCGUUCCACGCACGACCAGCCGCCCAAGCUCAGCCCGCCCCCGCCCGCGCCCAGCAUGCAAUUCCUGCAAUCGGACAGCGCCACGCCCGAGACCAAGACUAACGGCAACGGCACCAAAACACACGUGAAGAGCGCAUCCAUCAGCUCGGCUACAGGGCAACCGCCGCUCGCUGAUGCCGCGCAGCAUAACGCCUCAGCGAGGGAUCUCGCUCAGCCUAGGCCCAGCCUGAACACGCAGCUCAGCACGACGGCCAGCACGGGCGCGGCGGCGACGCGGCGAGACUUCCCCAACCAGCUCGUGUUCCCGCGCAACGUGCCCUCCAGGUCCACCUUCCACUCAGGCCAGACGCGGUCGCGCGGCGCGUCGGCGGGCGGCGCGUACGGCGACGGCGGCUCCCCGCACCAGGCGCGCCCCUCCUUCUUCUCCAAGCUCUCCUCCAGGUUCUCCAAGCGCCUCUCCGUGUUGGGGGAGUCGACGACUCGCCAGAAACCGCGCAUAUUUGCCUCGCUGGACAUUCAGCGGAGGCCGUUGGAUGCAACCACCCCGAAGCAUGCCGUAGGCGCUAGUCCACAAACCUUGCUUGGACAAGGCAACGACGAGCAGGUGAAGCCGCGAGUUCUGCGAUUCACGUGGAGUAUGAAGACUACUUCGUCACGGGACCCUAAUGAGAUUAUGGCGGAAAUUCGCAAGGUUCUAGACGCGAACAACUGCGAUUACGAGCAGCGCGAGCGCUUCCUCCUCCUCUGCGUACAUGGCGACCCUAACGCGGACUCGUUAGUCCAGUGGGAGAUCGAAGUGUGCAAGCUACCUCGCCUCUCGCUCAACGGCGUGCGCUUCAAGCGGAUAUCCGGCACUAGCAUCGGCUUCAAGAACAUUGCGUCCAAGAUCGCGAACGAGCUCAAACUGUGACUGCCCGGGAGCGCCCCGCGCCGCCGCCGCCGCCGCCGCCCCUCCCCUCCCUCCACUCCCCCCUCCUCGCCGCCCUCCCCGCGCCGCGAGCGCUCCUCCUCCUCCGAGCGCGCGCCGCCCCCGCCGCCCCCGCGCACGGACUCCUUGCGGCUCUCGGCCGAGGACAUGGUGGUGAUGGCGAACGGAGGCAUGCGGACCCCAUCAGGUGCGUUAGCGCAUUUCCUGGCCGCUUACACCCCGGCGGAACUUUCGUUAGCGCGCAGCGAUUAUCUGAGACCGCCGCUCUCGCCGAAUCCAUCCCAAACUAUCCAACCUAGGUCGUCGCUGUCUCUGAGAGCUGAUAGUGCGGACAUGGAUGCGGGUCGGGCGACGCUGCGACCGCGAAUGCCGCAUCAAUCGUAUUCGUACAGCGUGCAUACGCUGCGACGGCAGCCGCGAGCGGUUUCCCCUCCCUCCCCUCCUUCGCCCCCCUGCGACUGUCUCCCGACCCAUCCUAUCCCGCCGCCGGAGCUUUUCGAUUUUUAGGAGGGUUCUGAGGGAAGUACAAGUUUCCGUAGGAUUUCUCGCAAAGCGUGCCGUUUCGAAGAUAGAUAAUAAAUGAAUUGCGAUGACGUUUAGUUUUAUUCGUGGACGGUGGGUCGGUCUGUGCCAAGCGACCCAGUGUUCUAUAUAGUGAGCGCUCGGACCGCGACGCCCUUGUAUAAUAUUAUUAAUGUACGUGUCAUGGACUUUUACUUAUUUUUUAUUUGUUUUUAAUCUAGCGGCGGUCCGGCCGGCGUUGUUGUAUAAUGUAUACUGAUUUGUAUUUCUAACUUUUUUAAUUUAUCGAGAACAUGUAUUUUAUCGUUUGUAUGAAAUUUGUUUUUAAAAAGACAUAAUUUAUGGGUCGUAUUUUGGUGCCGGACGGGCCGCCGGUGCUUUCAUUUUAUUCAUUAUGUUACGUGUUGUAUAAUGUACAAAGUGAGUGUCAGCUCAACAGGUUAACUUAGCUUAGCGUUAAUUAUGUUUUUCUUUUCAAUAAUGACAAAUAUAAAUAUACAAAAUGUGGCUGUCGAGCGAUGUAUCGGUGUCGGUGACUCGUUGUAUAGCCAGUGUCGAAUUGAUACUUGAUCGCUUGUGUCCGAGGGAGCGAGAGGUCAGCAGAGCACGGUCGUGUUGUCUCUUUCUAAUUAUAAGGCUGAAUUAGAAAGUGUCAAACUAAUCUAUUGUAAAAGCUACCAACUCUUGAUUCCAUUCUAAAUGUGUAUUUCAAGAUUGUGAAGCACCUGAUAGUAGGUCAAAUGAAUUUCAAAACACUGGUUGUCUAAUAUUUGUACCUGCUUUCAUGGUUGUAAUAUUGGUAGAACACAUGCUUAUGCCAAUAUGUAAUAUUGACUAGUAGGCUAAAUGUGAAUAAGCACCAUGCUAUUGACCACUCUAAUUUAAAAAAUCACCCCUCGGGCCGACAAGGACGCAGCUAUACGUCAGAUAGACACCUUUGUAUUUUCAUCUCUUUCUAACGUAUAACCGCGUCUCAAGUUUUGAGUAGCAGGUAUUUUACACGCUCUUUACGCAUCUAUAGGUAAUCAUACUGAAAUUGUUAGAUGUGUAUUAUUCGUCAUUGUGAUCAAAGUAUUAAGGACUUUGUAGUUAUAGCAAUAAUGUUUAUUAUUGAUCGUUAAAAGUGUCAAAUAUUAUUUCCUUCUUCGUAUAAAUAAAAAUGUGAUUUGUAUGUUCAUGGAGCGGACAACCUUAAAAUAGUACAUUACUAUACAAGUGCGAAAAAUAGGAAAUUCGCAACGAGUGGUGAUAAAUUAUACAUUACUAAACAGUUGCGAAUUACCUAUUCGCACAUGUACAUCGUACAACGUUUCACAGUACAUACAGUACAUAUGACCCUUUAAAUUUUCGACAUAGUCACGUAAUGUGCUAAUUAUCGCACUAGUGCGGUAAAGUAGCACCAUAUGUACUGUAAAAAUUGUUACGUUUCUUGAACUUUAUAGGGGUAAACAAAAAACAUCUAAAGCAACAAGCUGUAAUUAAUAAUAACUAAUAAUAAAUAAAUCUUUUGUACGUAAUGUUACUUAAAGUAACCACUGAGAAUAUCGUACUUUGACCCAUCUGUUCCUAUCUCUAUCGCACGCGUAUAAUUAAUUAUAUUGCUAUCCCCCUUACACACUAGGAUUGACCGCCGGCGUCAUGGGCGAGACAGCGAUAAAAUGCUCCGCGUGCUCCCGACGCGCGUGCGAUAGAGAUAGGAGCAGGCGGGACGAAAUUGUACGCGCUUAUCGCAAUUUUAAGAUUGACAGAAUAUGUGACGUUUUCAAUUAAAAGGUACCAUUGUCGGUUGUCGAUAAGGUUGAUUUGAAAUUGAAGCUUUAUGGAAAUAGUGCCUUAUUGACAACUGACAAGUACCCUUUUGGUUGAAAAUGGCACAUAAUUAGUUAAAUAUCUAGGGUUGGUCUCUCGAUGCAUACAACAUUUCUUUUUGUAAUUAACAGUUUUUUUUGUGAUUUGGUGUGAAGCUUUCAUUUUGACUAUGUACUUGUGUUGUGUGUGAUGUUUCGCAUACUUACUAGUUAAUAAUUAAGGUAGGUAUGGAUGUAUAGAGCGUGAGGCGAUCGCGUAUUUUCUAUUAUUAUCUAAUUAAGUGUAGUAUUAUACUUUUACAAGAAAUCACAAAUUUUGACGUUUCAAUAUUAAAACUGUCAAUCUGCAUCUCGAAAUUCACUGAAAUAUAAGGACCGACAACGCUCGCUUUAAACUCUGUAUAAAUAAGCAAUUUGUAACUUUAUUUCUUAUAUUUUUAAGGUGCAUAUUCGUCUGAGGAACAACCUUUAAUAAUCAUUCGAAAAUUCGGCUGUGAGAAAGGUACCCCUUGUCAAUAAUUCGAAUAUUUAGCCCUUUUGUUUGACCAGUCUGAUCCUUAGCUUAAGGGCUACCCCACUAGCGUCUUUCGAGCGUCGUCGUCUAGUCAGCGCUAUGGUAAAUGGCGUCGCUGCGCAGUCAAACAGCAGCCUUAGAGUUGACUACACGACGACGCUCGGGAGACGCUAGUGUGGGGCCUCUAAAUCUUUUCCUAUUUCAAUGUGUUAGAGCCAGUGAUCAAAUGCUCAGUAUGUUUUGUGAAAAUGGCGUAUAUAAGAGGAAACGUGACCUCAUUAUGUGUUAAAGUAUAAAGCGAUUCGAUGUUAGGCGCCUUUCUCUUCUCGUUUGCGUGAUAUCAUAACAGCAAAGUUCCAUCAGACCAAAGAGAAUUAAGAAAACAAGAGUGCUCACACCAUGCAUCGGUUUUGUUACCGAAAUGACUAUUAUUUCCGUAGUCUACAUCUAGCGGCAAGUAGCGGAACUAUCAGUACUGCUACUCGACAAUAGAUGAAGCGGCAAACAAAAAGUCAACGAUUUUCAGCUAAUAUUAUAACCAGAGUUGAAAAUAGAGUUCUGGUUCAAGGUAAACUGCGUAAUACCUCAAAAUUGCUAAUUUUUAGGGUUCCGUACCCAAAGAGUAAAAACGGGACCCUAUUACUAAGACUCCGCUGCCGUCUGUCCGUCUGUCACCAGGCUGUAUCUCAUGAACCGUGAUAGCUAGACAGUUGAAAUUUUCACAGUAUUUAUUUUUGUUGCCGCUAUAACAACAAAUACUAAAAAGUACGGAACCCUUGGUGCGAGAGUCCGACUCGCACUUGGCCGGUUUUUUAAGGUAAAUUGUGAACAGCCUGUUAUAAAUUGAUCGUGUAAUUGAAUGAAAUAUUUGCCAAAAUGAAACGUUCACUCAAAUGUGAAAUUGUUUUAAUUCAUUUUAUUACCAGUUUUUGAGAUUUUACCUGUACUUGCUGAAAAGUAAAAUAAGAUAUUUUACAUACGUAUGGCCGAGUUUCCAAACAUCUUUGCAAGGCAAUGUUCCAAAAAUAUAUUUACACGACCUUAUUAUCAGUGUCUUGAAGGCGUGUACAUAUAUUUUUGGAACGUUUGUGAACUCGACUGUACCAUCGAUUUUGUCCUUUAAGGUCCGACAUGGUCAGUUACCUGUUGUCGUUAGUACGGUAGUGACUUUGUAAUUAUGCUGUCACGGGAACUAUAGAGUCGCUUCGAUAGCACGAUAAGAACUGGGUACAUAAUAUACAUACAGUAGUUAUAUAUUUAUAUAUAUGAGCUUUGUUUUACGGUAUAACUUAGAGUAGUGUCGACCAUUGGCCGAGUUGACGAGUGGUGCGGCGUUUUGUGAGAUAUUCAAGUGGAAAUAAAUUUUAUUUUUAAUUCCA